GACAUGCAUGGAUCGUCACCCCAGAGCCACCCAUCAUCUGUAGAUUUCAUCCCAGUGUUCUCUGACCACCAACACCAUGACAAUGCCAAUGAUGGUGUCAAUGAUGAUGCACCCCCGGCGCCUCAGCUGGAUGACAUCAAAAUCAAAUAUCAUCCACAUAGCAGGAUACCUUCAACCUUUCAUCCAUUGUCCAAUUUUUCUCACCAUUGUCCUACAGAGGAUACAAUGCCUCGUCAUGCCUCUCUGUGGGAACCAUUCCGCACACAGCUCGACUUCAAGGUUGCAGAGAUUGUGCUUGCUGCAGCAAUGACGAAAGACCAGACCAACAGGCUUUUUGAGCUCAUGCGCCAUGCUGCAAGCACUAAAGAAGAUUUCACUUUGCAGAGUCAUGAUGAAGUUUGUACAUUGUGGAAAAUGGCAUCCGAAUGA